AUGACUUCCAUGAAAAAUACAUCCUAUUUGCACCAGGCUUUUGAUAAAAUAAAAAAAGGGGGUCUUGGGAAAGCAUUGAUGGAGUACCUCAAUAUCUGUGGUAAUGAUCAUCGUGCAGGCAUUCUUGAUGUUCUCAACAAAGACCGCAGUAGCUACCAAAAACAGAAGGAAGAACUCAACAAUCAAAUCAAAGGUGUUGAAAAGGAGAUCCAGGAGGCUGAAUCAGAAAUGGAAGAGAAGAACAAUCGUCUUAAGGACAUCCUUCUGGAAGUGGAACAGCUACAAUAUCGUGUGUUCAGUUUAGCCAAACAGUCAAUGUGUAACAAACAGACUGUGAAGACACUGCAAGCAAGUGUUGGUGAGGUCAAUCUCAAACUAACCUCUUGUGAGAAGGCCAUAGUAGACAUGUCCUGCACAUAG